GUCAAUUGUGUCGAUGUUUACCUUUGGUCUGACAGAAUGUUCAGGCUGCUAAACAACGAGUGUGGGAUCUGAUAUGACUUGAUAUAAAUUAUAACACAGAAAGUUGAUAGUUGACGACAAUAGUUGGCUACAUUGUAACUGUACAAGAAUCGUUGAUACUCAAGUUAGACAUGAAUUGUGUUUGGUUUACCUAACUUAAUAAGGUAGCUGGCCUGCUAGCUUUACCGCUAGCUAGCCGAAGCUGCUGUAGCUGUGCCAAAGCUGUCAAGAUGGAUACCGCAGAGGAAGCAGACAUAUGUAGGGUGUGUCGGUCAGAGGGGAGCCAAGAUAAGCCCCUCUUUCACCCCUGUGUCUGUACUGGAAGUAUUAAGUUCAUCCACCAGGAAUGCUUGGUUCAGUGGCUGAAACACAGUAGAAAAGAGUACUGUGAAUUAUGCACACACAGAUUUGCUUUUACACCAAUCUACUCUCCAGACAUGCCUUCCAGACUGCCUGUCCAGGACAUUUGUGCAGGCCUGGUGACAAGUGUGGGCACAGCUGUCAGAUACUGGUUCCACUACACUCUAGUGGCAUUCGCCUGGCUCGGAGUGGUUCCUUUAACAGCAUGUCGAAUCUACAAGUGUUUGUUUACUGGCUCUGUGAGCUCACUCCUCACCCUACCCUUAGAUAUGCUCUCCACUGAGAACCUGCUGGCGGACUCCUUGCAAGGCUGCUUUGUGGUGACGUGCACACUAUGUGCCUUCAUUAGUUUGGUCUGGCUCAGAGAGCAGAUCGUUCAUGGUGGCGCCCCCCACUGGCUGGAGCAGAACCAGCAGCAGCCUCCCAACCCACCAGCACGGCCCAAUGAGCAGGGUCCAGGAGAGAGGGAGCCCGGCCCUGGGGCUGACCCCCCAGGAGAGCAGGCAGGAGGGGGGGAGGCCCCUGACGAAGGGUUAGACCCAGGGGAGGACGGGGAGCUGGAGAACGAGGAUGAGGACGAGGCCGGAGCAGAUGAUGGAGUGGAUGGCAACAAUGGAGGACAAGAUGACCUGAACUGGAACGCUCUGGAGUGGGACAGGGCUGCAGAGGAGUUGACAUGGGAAAGGAUGCUGGGUCUUGAUGGUUCCCUGGUGUUUCUAGAGCAUGUGUUCUGGGUGGUCUCGUUGAACACUCUCUUCAUCCUGGUGUUCGCGUUCUGCCCUUAUCACAUCGGGCAUUUCUCUGUGGUGGGACUUGGAUUUGAAGAAAAUGUGCGUGCCUCCCACUUCGAGGGCCUCAUCACCACCAUUGUGGGAUACAUCCUCUUGGCAGCCACUCUUAUACUCUGUCACGGUCUGGCUGCUUUGGUUAGGUUCCAGAGAUCCAGACGACUGCUUGGAGUGUGCUACAUCGUUGUCAAGGUCUCUUUGCUGGUUGUUGUGGAGAUAGGCGUGUUCCCUCUUAUAUGUGGCUGGUGGCUCGACAUUUGCUCCCUGGAGAUGUUUGAUGCCUCUCUAAAGGACCGGGAGGUGAGUUUCCAGUCUGCCCCGGGCACCACCAUGUUCCUCCACUGGCUCGUAGGAAUGGUCUAUGUCUUCUACUUUGCCUCCUUCAUCCUCCUACUGCGAGAGGUGCUGAGGCCUGGCGUUCUGUGGUUCCUCCGGAACCUGAACGAUCCCGACUUCAACCCAGUCCAGGAGAUGAUCCACCUGCCCAUCUACAGACACCUGCGCAGGUUCAUCCUCUCCGUGGUCGUGUUUGGAACCAUAGUCCUGCUGAUGCUGUGGCUUCCUAUCCGGAUCAUCAAACUCCUUCUCCCGGCCUUCCUCCCGUAUAAUGUGAUGCUCUACAGUGACGCCCCGGUCAGCGAGCUGUCCCUGGAGCUGCUGCUGUUACAGGUGGUUCUGCCUGCUCUGCUGGAGCAGGGACACACACGCCAGUGGCUCAAAGGUCUGGUCCGGGCCUGGACCCUCACUGCUGGCUACCUGCUAGACCUCCAUUCCUAUCUGCUGGGGGAACCGGGGGAGGAGGACAAUGAUGCCAACCAUCACAACAACAACAACCUCCCCGGUCGCAACAACAACCAUGCCUUUCCAGGCAUAGGGGAGGGGCUACACGCCGCCCAUCAGGCCAUCCUGCAGCAGGGCGGGCCUGUAGGCUUCCAGCCAUACCAACGACCAACCAGGUUCAUUGUCAGGAUCGUGCUGCUGAUCGUGCUCAUGUGUUUGACACUGCUGCUGGCCAGCCUGGUGUGCCUCACUCUGCCAGUGUGUGCGGGCCGCUGGCUGAUGUCCUUCUGGAUGGGUAGCUCCAAGAUCCACGAGCUGUACACGGCAGCAUGCGGCCUGUACGUGUGCUGGCUGUCCAUCAGAGGUUUCAGUGUCCUGCUGGCCUGGAUGCCUCGGGGACGCAACAUCAUCAUGCUCAAGGUCCACGAGUGGACCCUCAUGGUAAUGCCCUCCCCAACGAUCAUCAAGACCCUGAUCGUCGCGGUGCUCCUAGCGGGUGUGAUUCCUCUGCUGCUGGGCCUGCUGUUCGAGCUGGUGAUUGUUGCUCCCCUCAGAGUUCCUCUGGACCAGACGCCACUCUUCUACCCCUGGCAGGACUGGGCUCUGGGAGUGCUCCACGCUAAGAUCAUCGCUGCCAUCACUCUGAUGGGACCUCAGUGGUGGCUGAAGACUGUCAUUGAACAGGUGUACGCCAACGGCAUCCGACAGAUCGACCUCCAGUUCAUCGUCCAUAAGUUGGCUGCUCCUGUCAUCACAGUUCUGCUCCUGUCUCUCUGUGUACCCUACACUAUUGCAAGUGGAAUAGUACCCUUACUAGGGGUGACCCUGGAGAUGCAGACCCUGGUGAGCCGGAGGAUCUACCCGUGUCUGCUGAUGGUGGUCGCUCUGCUCGGGAUCCUCUCCUUUCAGAUCCGACAGUUCAAACGCCUCUACGAACACAUCAAGAACGAUAAGUACCUAGUUGGGCAGAGACUGGUGAACUACGAACGCAAGACAGGCAGGAGCCCCUCUGGAGCACACAGUGGCUCUACUCUCAACUAGAUGCUGCCCUGACGUUCCCUUCUCACAAGCGAGGUCAACCUGAGCCUCAAAGAAGCGACACAAAAACAUAAAAUCAACUGAGUGAACUAACAAUAUUUUGGUGUAUUGAAUGACUAGCCUCUAGGUGCCGGUCAUUACGAGUUUGGCACAAUUGCCUGCUACUGCCAAAUGAGCGAGGGAAGUUGGUAAUGCUGUUCACAAACAGCUUAGCCUCAUCUUCCUGGCAUUCAGUCAGUUCUUGUUUUUUUUCUUUUAAUAGCUUUUGUCCCAGAUUUAUAGGAAGAGAGGAUUUGCUAUCAGACACCUUAGCUGUGGAAGUCUGACCUUUUAAAGUACUCUGGAGACUCGUAGACAGCCCAGUGUUGAUGUCCUGGACUCUGCUGGAGGCCACAGUGGUUUCUAACUUUAUGUUCAACUUUACAAUGGGUGUGCCUGACCUACAAUCUUAAUUGGCCUCAGAGACAUUCUAUCUAACCUCGGGACUUAAGAUCAUCCUCUGAGGAACGAGACUGAGACAGUGAAUGCCAGAACCAGCUUCACAUCGUUUUUUGUAUUUAUUAGUGAACUUUUUUUUUUUUUUUUUUUGGACAGUGUGGUUUACAGCAUUAGUGUGAGAGAAGUUUCCUUAAUUGUGUGAUGAUGUCUUCUCUCUGCAGACCUCCAGCCAAACACGAGGGGCUAUGAUGGGGAAUAGUUUCAGAGUAUAGAUAUUUUGCACUUUCAGCAAGUGUUGAUUCAAUGCCAUUUAUUUUUUUUAUUUUUAUUUUUGCAAUCAUAACAUCAGUAUUUCUUUGUGGUGAUAACACCACACAACAAAACAGAAUUUCAGAUGUUCCUGUUGAGACUGAGUUCAGUUUUGAACAUUGAUUUGAUAGCUUGGGUUUGUAAAUAAAGGAAUAUUUGUUAUGUUAAAAUAAAACUUUAGUCUAUUGUAAGGUUACAAAUAAUGGCUAUUUUAAUUUGUAAUAUUGAGUGUCUGUGACUGAAUUUGAAGUUUUUCCAGUGUGAGCAUACUGUAUGUUGAGAUCCAGCAAUUGACUAGGAGUAUCUACACAGACAAAGCUGGACAAUUCUCACCUUAAAACUAAUUUCUAAGCAAAUGUUCUAUUUUUAUAUGUGCAAUUAGUGGCAUAUGCAAGUACACUUGAUGAUUUGUAAGGGAUUUCGACCUGUGUAAUUGUACAGCCUUGAAUGUUCUGGGGAUGACAAUGGAUGAAUGAAUGAAUGAAAACCAUUCAUUUUGAUUCAGUGUCACAUAGAUGAAAAUGUUUUAUUUAUAAUUUAUUUAACCCAAGCUGGUUAGUUAUGAACAUGAUUUACAAUAAUGGCCUAUGCUAUUUUCACACAACAGGUGGUACAGGCAUUAAAGUGCAGGUUUAAUGUUAUUUGCAAUUGCUAUUUAAUGUCAUUGGAUUUUGUACACCUUUUAUGGGGUGGAUGUAUUUGAACAAAACAAUACAUACCAGUUGUGUUCUAUGAGAAUCAAUAUCACUCUAUAGUCCCUUCAUGGAAUUUUAUUAGUUAUGUGGGAGAAAGGGUUUUGUUGUUUGGGCCAUAAAAUAAUUUGAAUACAAAUAAAAUAAAUAUAGUUAGCAUGAUA